AUGGGUGAUUCAGUUGAUCACCCUGGAGGCAUAAGCGGGUCUCGAGAAGUCAGUCAUUGUCAAGGACCCAAGAAACGUCAAAAAUUAACAUUCAUUAAACCUUCAGAAUGGGCUGAUUUGCAGCCUGGAGGCUGCGUUUCGACAAAGAAAGACGCUGAUCGGAACUUGUGUCAGAGACUAAUUGAUAGACAGUCUAAAGCUAAGCAAGAAGGAAUCACCCGUGAAAGGGUGGAACUUGAAGAAUCUAAGCCAAGAAGACGACAAAAGCAGCAAAAAUCCAGAAGAGGUCGGCCUCGGAAGCGGCCUAUUGAUCCCAAACGGCCAUGGAUUGAAAGUGACGAUGAGGAAGGCGACUAUAUUUUACCUGUCGAUGACGAAUCCGACGAUGAUGCUUUUCUUCAGCGUCUAGCAGAAGAAAAAGAGAGGGAGGAGGCUGAGGAGAUCAAGAGGAAGCAGGAGCUUCAACGUCAACGGCGUUUGAAACGUGAGGAGCGUAGGUCAAGGGCUACUGGGAGGCCUGGGCGACCUCGCACUCACAUUCCAUUUGCUCAUUUGUACGCGAAUUCCAAUGAUGAUGCACAGUCUUCCAAACCCAGCGAAACGAGUGAAGGGGAACAGUCGCCCUUGAACGAAUAUCCCAUAGAAGAAGAAAUUCCUGAUUUUCCACCGCCUCCUACCGUGGAAAAUGACAAUUAUGAAGAGGGCGGAAAUGGUGUUGGUGCCGGUUUAGAAUCCACAGCAGGAGCUGAUUUUCCCCGUCUUAGUCCUAUCGUUCUUCGUCGUCGAGCACCACCACUAAGACUUCCACCCUCCUCUCAGGACUUAAUAUGUCCUGCCGAGCACCUCCUAGACGCCCUAUCCAUCUAUCAGGCCCUUCGACGAUACGGCCGCCUGUUGCGACUCUCCCCCUUUCAGCUGGAAGACUUUUUGUCCGCUCUAAUGGCGAACGAAAACUCGAAUCUUUUUGCAGCAAUUCACAUAGCUCUUUUAAAUGCACUCAUUACCGAGGAUGAAGCAAAUGGAACACAUCUUUGUCCUCCAGAUUGUAAAGACGGAGUCUCUCUUCUAAGCUUCGUUAUUGAUCGAUAUACUUGGCCGUACUUUCUUUCCCUCUACCUCAGCAGUGUGAAGCGUGGGGAGUCUGCGGCUCUGGCAGCUCUCGCUCGCGUUGGUAACGCUGCAACCGUAGCCUCAUCGGGUCCAACAGCAGCAGUUGCAUUUAGUGGCGGAGCUGAUGCCGUUGUUACGUCUUCUCUCUUCUAUCCAGAGGAUGGUGUCAUACCAUUAGAUUGUUCAUACCCUUUCGUUGGUCUCCCUCAGCGUUUAGCUGUACUUCGGGGCCUUAUCGGGCUAUUUCUCGCUACCGGACCUGUUCGUGCCGAUAUACUUCGUGAGGGUUUUAUCUCACAUGACGAUUUUUGCCGUAUUUGUCGACAAAGUGGUGAGGUGCUCUGUUGCGACACCUGCCCCGCUGUCUUUCACCUCACAUGCCUCACACCACCUCUUGAGGCCGUGCCUAACUCCUCAUGGCAUUGUCCGCUCUGUGAAGCCGAGCAGGAGGCGUAUGGGGAAAGAAAGAUCCCAAAAACACGUGGGGAGAUUCAGAUAGCUCCUCUGGGUUAUGACAGAGCGGGUCGGAUUUAUUGGUACAUGGAAGGCCGAUUGUUUGUAGAGCCGGUAGAUUUCGCUCAGUGUGAGCCAGAGCUACCGGGUUUGUCAGAGGGUGUGCGUGACGAAGAAUGGGAGAGGCGUGAGGCGGAACAGCCCACAGGCGACGAUGAAGAAUGGGAGGUGGGGGAGGAUGGGGAGAAGGUCGAGUGUGGCGUGGAAGGCGCCUGUGAUCCUUCUGUCGAUUACGCCAACGAACCUCCCGUAUACUAUUACUCUUCAUUGGAAAACAUCAUCUCUGUUCGUCAGAGCCUUUCAACUCAGUGGGAACCCGCUCUUUGCGUUCAACUUGACACCGUAGUUACGCUACUGGAAGUGAAAGAGCAGAAAUUUAAACAAGCUGCCGUUAAAUCCGAACCGAAAGACUCAGGUGAAUCAGCGAAACAGGAAAAUGACUCCAGCGAAAAGGCAACAGGAGUGACUGAAAGAUCAGUCAAUGUUAAGAAAGAAGAGGAAAGUGGAGAGGUCUCGAAGUUGACAAAGUGGCCUCCAGUGCUGCCUCUUCCUCCGGCAUUGACAGCCGCCCAGUUGACUGCUCUUUUCUCCAACUCACAGUCGUCGCAUCGCAACGGCAGUGGUAGCGAAACAACCUCGUCUCCCAUGGAAAAUGCAUUUGUGCUGGAGCUCUCUGGUGGUGUUCUAGUGCACAAUCAGGAUGGUCUCUUUGAAAAUUUCCCUCUGCCACCCGACGUACACAUUCAACGACUUUCAGAGUCACGACCUGCGUUAGUAGACUCGUCCUUGUCCAGUUCUACUCAUUCGGCACCUUCAAACCGUUGGCGAAGCUGGACAAACACUCUCUCCCAGGGUGUCUUUGUGCCUAACCCCACUGCAGAGACAUCCGAUUUGGCGGAGGUGAACAUUGCUCUCAGCCGUCCUCAACAACAUGAUGAACGGGAGAAGAGGCGUCUUCUGGCCAACAAAUUUUGUUUUUCUGAGGCAGCUCUUGAAGCCUGGCGGUGGUUGGAUGCUGAGGCUAGUGCGGAGAUGAUUCGGCGUUCCAUUGGCGAAGAAUCAUUCAACAGUACAGUCGAGGCGGACCUGGCGAACAGAAGGGCCGAUGCUGUUGGGCCUCUGCGAUGGUUACACACCAUGAAACUCACUCUAUGCUUUAUGGAAGCGCAGCUUCCAGCCGCGGCUCUCUGCCCAUUGUGGCGUCUACUUCGCAAGGAUUGGAUUGCAUCGGUUCUUAAAGCCACUUCUGUUCAUGAACUCGCAGACCUCUUGGCUCGUCUGGAAGCUGCUAUUCGUCCUAUUGCCUUUCAGCGAACAUGGACUUCCUCGAUCGGUCCUCUUCAAUUGGAUCGCUUUACGUCUGCUCAACGUGAGGAGGAGAAGCGAAUACGUGCCUUGGAACGCUCCUCCAUGGCGUUCAAUGCACUGCCAACAACGCUGGUGCGAACCAAAACUAUUCAACCAAUUAGGCAUACUGUAUGGAAGACACGGGGAGAGGAAUACCGACGUCUGGGAGGUGAUGGGUGGCAGUGGGUUAGCGCCACGCGUCGCCAACAAAAAUACUUAAAGCCAGCUACUUUACAGUCGGUCAAAUCAACCAUCGACAGACCGGCCCAUCUGGGACUAGGCUGGGGUGUUAAACCUGAGCUCCUUUUUAAAACCGAUCUGUACCCUCAGCCACCCGAAGAAACUGCUCUUGAUUAUAGAGCGCAUCCGAUCACCGGGGUGCCACUUUGUCAAAACGUUCCACGCAGGGUCUACACUGUGCCUCCUGAAGCUCUCCAAAAUCAGCCAGGCGGUGUGAUUAACAUCUCAGAGUGCCUCAGAUCUGGUGGCGGAGACUUCUUUCCUCCACCUGCAAGAUCACCUCCUCUCCCCUAUUCGCCAGCAAGCAAGGUUCGUCGGCGUGGAAGGGCGCAUUUUCGAUUGGACAGCCUUUUAGCUAUGAGGGAAGCCGCGGCGUCAAGUGAUAAGGUUGCUAGCGAGGCAGCUCGCGGUGAUCUGGACCAGUUAAGAUUAGAACGUGAAACCGUGGCUGCUAGAGUGGCCGAUAUUCAAUCCUGCUUGAGUAAAUUGUCUAGUGAGGCACAAAUCGCUCGCACAGAACACGCUAGAGCCGUGAAAUCACGUCAAACAGCGAUAGUGGAGAUGAAACAUCUUAGUGAACAACGGCUGAACCAGUCUUGCUAUCAAGGAGCAGUACCCCCAGCUCCUUCUCAACGUGAUGGGGGUAGUGGAGGCGGAGCAUCUGCCAAAUCACGGGCUUCAGUGACACCUGGACGCAACCGAUCCGCAGCAUCUCGACGUCUCAGACGAGAGGAGUACAAUUACGAUUCGGGUGCAAGUGCCGAGUCCGACGAAUCCGCAGCAACAUCAUCCUCACGACCUGCCAGUAGCAAUACAGAAUCGAAUGUUCUUCGUCGAAGCUCCCGGCGCCAGAAAACAAAGAGCGUGGAUCCCGACUUUGUUGUGGAUUUUGGUGAAGAUGAAGAAGAGGAGGAUGGUCGUGUUGAUAUCGACCGCGAUGACGAGGACUUCAGUCUUCGUCAGCGCGGUUCCGAUGAAGAGGCCACGGACACUGCAUCUUGGGCUCGGGGUGGUCGUAGUGUGCCCCAAUUCGAUGGUGCUGACGAUGAGGAAGAUGACGAGGACGAUGAUGAUGAUGCGAGCAUGACAGAAGAGGAUGGGGAGGAUUACGGUGUGGACGAGAACAGCAAUGAAAAUGAUCCAGACGGCCAAUUGGAUGGGCUAACUCAGAAGCCUCCUCCUAGGGCUACUACUACGGAAGCAGCGUCCACUGCUGCAUCGGGGAAGGGCGCAGCAGUACCUUCUUCUCCUUCACUGGGGAAGAGCUUGCUCGCUCUUGCUAUUGAAGGGAAGGCACCUGGCAUUGUGCAAAUAAAGCAGUCGACGUCAAAUGGUGAGUCUUCCGGGGAGACAAAGACCGUCGGUAGUGGAGGCGGGGUGACGGUAUUGCCGACUCCUGUCUCUGCUACUCCUGGUGGGCAACCUGUGCGUCUUGUGAGAGUGUUACGGGCACCACCGGGAGCUCCUGCGGGCACCCAAAUCAUUCAGGCAGUCGAUCCACCCGCAACAUCAACAAAUGCUUCUAAUACUGGUAAUCUAAUAAUUCCUGCCUCUACGGAACCCGCUCUACAAAAAUCCCUUAUUCAACUCUCCUCAAGCGGUGGUGUCAUUGUGACACAGGCUUCAACUCUCCCCGCAGGCUACAGAUUAAUCACGCCCUCAAGUCUACCCCUAACUUCUACAAACACUGCGGCCUCCAUAACUCCUGGGAGUGGGGCUUCUGUGGUGACGUCGACCUCUCGAACGCCGCUUAACUUCGUUCAGGUGGUGUCUACCGCUCCAUCGUCUUCAUCCAUACAGGGAUUGAGGCCGCGACCUCUAGUACCACAGCCCCUUCGAGCUGGACAGCCCAUCACCGUCAGUGCCACUGGUACCCCCUCCCUCAUAUCAAUAGCGCCGUCUCCAGUGGUUCGGCCACCUCCCCUUAGACCCCUCUUGGCACCUGCGAGUAGGCCCGUGAGUUGCAUCAUCAUCGUUUUACAACCACUCUUUUAUCCGGCCUGUCUGUCCGACGAUGCUAUUCAGGUUGGGCCCAUAAUUCAAGCAGCACAAUUUUUUGGAAAGAUUCUCGCUAGCUCGCCCGCCUUGGCACCGUCACUACGUCCACGAAUGGUACGAGUCAUAACACAACCAAUGCAACUGGAUCCGAGUCUCGACCAAGCUGUCACCGAAGCUGCCUCCAAAUUGCACAAAGUCGACCUAGAAAUCUUUAAUUUGCGCAAAGAGUUGAGACAUCUAGAAUCGCAGCUGGCAGAACUGAACGCUCGUGUCGAAGAGAAGGAGUCUCUGGUAGCUCGGUGCGACCGUUCUACUGCCAGCCCUUACUCUCUCAACAGCUACUCCACCUCCCUUCUGGCGCGCCUUAAUCGUGCUGCUAAAGCAACAACUGCAGCCAACCAACGGUCGAAGGGCCGACGAUUCCUUGCUUUGCCCAAGAAACUGCCUUCAGUUAAUCCCUACGCCUGGCCACCUGAUAAAUUAUUCAGGUCCAGGAUCUCCUCCACCUACCCUGAAAUCGAUAAGGAUGCCCCGGCGCCUGUGCAGAACCUUUUCCGCUUGAGUCGGGCGAACUUACGAACGUUGAUCCUCGCAGCUGGUAGGAAGGAGGUACCAGGCUAUGAAGCGGAAAAGAAACGUCUGGCUUCGAUUCCUUGGUCCUACCCUACUGCUCGACCCUGUUUCGCGGAAGCGUGGCGUUUUCGUUUGCGCCAAAUCCUCCUCCAACCAACCGCCUCACGUUGUGGUGCCCUAAACACACCCUCGUAUUACGGUGUGUCUAUGGCCACCUUAGCAGCGCAUUUGCGUCUUCUCUGGCACUCUCUUCGAUGGGAUGAAAUUAUACUUUCUUCUGCUGCUUGUGAGGACGCCAUGCUAGUGGGAGAUCGCUAUUAUCUCAAACAAAGCAUCUCUGAAAGUCAUGGUGGUGGCUAUACGCUACGAAGGGUUGUGGCUAUCAAACCAUUGGAUAAGUACUGGCUUCGAGCGAACUUCCUCGUAGAGACCUCAAUUCAGAAGCCAACCACUUCGAAACGUAUUCCACGUGGCAACUCACGCGCUUCUCUUGGUGGCAGUGGCGAGGUGCCGGCCUCUCGACGUUCGGGUCGCGGAAGUAAAAGAUUUGCUGACCCUGACUAUGAUCCUGCUGCAGACGAAGGUUGGCGUGUUGGCAUUCCAUGCUCGAACCGCCGUCGGCGUCGCGCGAAUUAUAAUGAGGAUCGUCUGAUGGAAGAAGAUGAAAUGGAUGAGGAUGCAAAAACAAGCGCAGAUCAAGGUGUGGAAGACCAGGGCGAUUCUUCCUCCUCGAGGCGUGAUGCUAAGAAAAUGGAGGAGUGGAUGUCUGAGGAAGCUCUUCAUCUCCUGCCGAUCGACUGUGACUAUCCACCUCCCUUGGGACCAUUGGCACUCACCGGUCUUCCAGUCAGCUUGGUUGAGGAAGCGUUAUCUUUAGUGAAGACGGAGGGGACGGAAGAUGAGGCAGAGUGCCAAGGCAGCUGGAUCCAACCAGCACGCUGUCCCUCUCCAGAGGACCUCAAACCACCCUCUCCCAAACCCCCGUCACCCCCUCCUCCCCCACCGCCACCUCCCCCUGUUGUUGUUAUGGAGGCCUCGAAACCGAUGGGGGUUGGUCAGCCUAGACCACCUAUCGCUCCCUCUGCACCAGUAUUAUCACAGCCAGCAUUCCGUCCAUUAAUAAUCAACUCUAAUCGACCACAAACCUUAAAAACCCCCUUGAUGGCUACCUCACGCCAGCAUGCGCCACCACCGGUACAGCUUACACCAUCUACCGGUUUUGCUGGCAAUACCACUGCCACUCACCCUACCCCACGUCGCUCCGGUGGUUCCGCUGCCGCACCCCUCUCCCCUAACUCUGAGGCGGCUCGAGCGCGGGCGCGUAGUCUAGCGGCUUCACACGCAGCACGGAUCUCUGCGGCUAAUCGGCGCUUCCGAACUGAGAAGGCAGCACUGGACACGAGGGUCGCCUCGUUGGUGGAAGAACUGGCCAAUCGGAGGCGACUGAGUGUUAAGUACAUGGCACUUCAGGUUCAGGAGGAGAUUCUGCAGGCUAAAAAAGCAACGCAGCGUGAGGCCUUGGCGGAUCCAACACCACCAGCGCCCCUGCCACCGCUUCUAACACCAAAACCGAAAGUACACGCCCCGGAGCGGUUGUUGUUGUCUGUGCGUCGGGGCAAAUCGAAGUUCAUCACUGCCACUGCCAGUAAAACCGUAGCCAGAAGAUCAGGACGUAAGCGGGGAAUAGCAAGGCAGCGGUCAUUUGACACACAUUCUUCAACACCAUCCACGGCUCCGGCAACGGACUCUGAUGAGGCGAACUAUUGCAUGGCUUCCCCAUCGAGACACACAAAGAGGCGGAAGGUGGGGGAAGUAAAGAAUGAAGCUCCUCUAUAUGUUAAAAUGGAAACGCCAACUCCACGCAUCCGCCGCGGAGGUCGUCCUAUUAAAGACAUUAGCCCUCUUAACAGCAGGAAGCGUCGGCGCCGUGAAGAGUUCACACCCCCAUUCUCUCCACCUAAGGCAGCAACAGCUACUAGUAGGAGUAGUCGCGGAAAGGUUCGAGGAAGGGGUGGCAGAGGUGGUUGCAGGCAAACGCACUCAACUUCAUCCAACUCUCUACCUUCGAGGCCACGCCUUUCUAUUCGCACACCAAAGUACCUUCUUGAAGAGGCAGAGAAAGAAAAGGCAGGAAUCCGUUCAAAACGGCGCUCCAAUGAUGACGAUGAUGCAAUCAAAAGGUUUUGUAAAGUGGAGGCUGAUGCUUUCGAUGAUAAGAGGAUUUAUUGCAUUUGCAAGAAACCCUACGACCCUUCUCAGGCGUACAUUGGUUGCGAUCUCUGUCAAGACUGGUUUCACUUCACCUGCGUUGGUUUGGAACCGGGCACCUCCACAGCCGCCUUGGGUGACUCCUGGCUCUGUCCAGAGUGUCAGCGGGCCGAGGACAAGGCAAAGGACGAGGUCUACUGCCUUUGUCGCACACCUUACGAUCCUACUCGAGUCUACAUUGCCUGCGACCGUUGCGAUGAAUGGUACCAUGCGGAGUGCGUGGGUUUGGAGGCGGAAGCAGCGUCCAAGCACGAGGGUGAAUACAUCUGUCCCAUGUGCAUAAAAAAGACAGGUGAUUCGUCGAAGGGAGAAGAAAAUUUCAAGAUCAGUGACAAUUAUGACAAGAAGAUCAAGAAAGAGGACCCUGAAGAGACGCAGAGGACCCUCUAUGAAGCACCUUUGACGGAGUCAGUCAGAGAGGCUGUGCUGGAGUUGUUUGACGAUUUGGAGACUCACAAACUCUCGUGGCCCUUCUUGAAGCCGCUACCUCAGUCAGAUCAAGCAAACCUACCCUCGCCCAUGAAAGGACCCACAGAUUUGGCCAGCUUCAGAGCUGCCUUUGAGCGUGGCGUUUAUCGGUCUCUGGGAGAUAUCUCGUUCGCCGGUAACCGUCUCUUCUCCAACGCCCGUCUCGUUUUUGAUGCCACCUCAACAGAGUUACACUGUGUAGAGGUGUUGGAAGCUUUUUUUCUUCGACGCAUGAAAGAGGUGCGAAGUCUAUCUCAACAAGCCUCUCCCUCUUCCUGA